GGAUGGCACGCUAUCGCGAGAGCGGCAUGCCGCCACCGCAACGCUCUGAUGGCGCUGGUGGGGGCUGGAUGCGCCCACGGCUCGCCCUCUCUCCUCGCUCUCACACGGUACGACACGCGAUCGGACGUAGACUGGCGGCGACAGCAGCCGGGGCAAAGUGAAAGAGGAGAAGAAAGCACUGAAGGAGUCUCCACAUGGCAGCAGCAGCAGUGCUGCCUAAUCAACGUUUAUCUAACAGAAUCUGCCGAAGGACGCUUUGGACACGCUCUCAUGUCCUCAAACCCAAACUACUAAAUCCAAGGAGCUAAAAAAAGAAAAAUAAAAAGCCAACCACUGGCUCCAGCAAGUGGACAGAUUUUAAAGUAAAAAGACGAGAGGGGGAGGGUUGUAUGGGUGCCAAAUCCCCAUCCAAGACACUCCGCAUCUCCUCGAUCUGCCGCCUCCCUCCUCUUCCUCCCUCCAUUUACUCCUCCGCUUUUCUCUCAUUCUCCGUCGUUUUCUCCCAUGGGAGUGACAUAGAGGCCAUCGCUUGGUCUGCUGCCACGCCCCUUCCCCUCCUUGUCGCGGAAACGGGGGCGUCCAGGUAGUGAUGUCGUGGAAGAGGAACUACUUUGCAUCGGGUGGUGGAGCGGUAGGCGGGGUGCAGGGGCUGGUCACCCCGAGAACCAUGACCUCUAUCGCACCCAGCAAAGGCCUGAGCAAUGAGCCGGGACAGAACAGCUGCUUCCUCAACAGCGCUCUGCAGGUUCUGUGGCAUCUCGACAUCUUCCGCAGAAGCUUUCGACAGCUGACCACACACAAAUGCAUGGAGGACUCGUGUAUCUUCUGCGCUUUAAAGAGUAUCUUUGCUCAGUUCCAGUUCAGCAGUGAGCGUGUGCUGCCAUCAGAUGCACUGCGGAGUGCUCUGGCUAAGACUUUCCAAGACGAACAACGGUUUCAGCUGGGUAUUAUGGACGACGCUGCUGAAUGCUUUGAGAAUCUCUUGAUGCGUAUCCACUUCCACAUCAGCGCAGAGAGUAGAGAGGACAUUUGCACAGCCAAACACUGUAUACCACACCAGAAGUUUGCCAUGACUCUGUUCGAACAGUGUGUGUGUAACAGCUGUGGAGCCACAUCAGACCCCUUGCCCUUCAUUCAGAUGGUUCAUUAUAUCUCCACUACAUCUCUGUGUAACCAGGCAGUGAGGAUGCUGGAGUGCCGAGAGAAACCCACACCGGAUAUGUUUGGAGAACUGCUCCGCAAUGCCAGCAACAUGGGAGACCUGCGCAACUGCCCUAGUAACUGUGGGGAGGUAUUGCGUAUCCGCCGGGUGCUGAUGAACUCACCGGAGAUCGUGUCCAUCGGGCUGGUGUGGGAUUCAGACCACUCUGACCUGGCGGAGGACGUCAUACACAGCCUGGGGACCUGCCUGCGUCUGGGAGAUUUGUUCUACCGUGUGACAGAGGAGAGGGCUCGCCAGGCGGAGCUAUACUUGGUGGGCAUGGUGUGCUACUACGGCAAGCACUACUCCACCUUCUUCUUCCAGACCAAGAUACGCAAGUGGAUGUACUUCGACGACGCCCACGUCAAGGAGAUUGGCCCAAAGUGGAAGGACGUGGUGUCUCGGUGUAUCAAAGGCCACUAUCAGCCCCUGCUGCUGCUCUACGCUGACCCCCGUGGGACGCCAGUGAUACUGCAGGAGAGCCCCAACCCCUGUACCAGCUCCAACCCGCAGCUGGAGCUCCAGCACUGCAGCAGCAAGGCUGGUUACGACAGCGAAGACUCUGGUCGGGAGCCGUCCAUAUCCAGCGAUACUCGUACCGACUCUUCAACGGACAGCUCGAGUCACCGCGCUUCUCGCAGCCGAUCCCUCCACCAGUCCACAGGCAGCCACCUCUCCAGUGAAUCCCAGACCACAGUGGUCUGUAAUUACGACAUCGGCACACCGCCACUUGGUGCUGAAGCCGGAGAGUCAGCAGUGGAGGGUCCUCCCCGUCCUCCCUCUCCUCCCCUGCCGGAGUACAAGGAGACGGCUGUCUUCCUCCUCUCCUCCCGCCGGCCACUCACCUCCUCCUCCUCCUCCUCUCGUCCCCUGUCCUCCUCCUCUUCGUCAGGAGUAGGGGGCUGUGAGGGUGGAGUUGGGGGUCCCCACUGGGAGGAUGAAAGCACCAGCAGUGAGAGCAAGUCCAGUUCUUCUGGAAGCCGCUACAGGCCAACCUGGAGGCCCAGGAGAGAGGCCCUGAACAUCGACAGCAUCUUUACCCGACCGAGAGGCUCCUCUCUGGAGCCCCAGGACUCCCUUCCCUUGGCGGGACCCGCUCCACCCACACAGCCAGGGCUACAAAAGGUGGAAGGGAGGGAGGUUCAGGAAUUGGAGGCGGGGUUUGGGCUGGUCGGGCAGCCCAGGUCUCUGGGCAGCGGGUGGACAAUGGGUCCCCCUGCCCCUCCACCUCUGAGAGGGGUGGAGCACCAGCCACGUCUGAUUCAGAGGAUGGAGAGUGGCUACGAGAGCAGCGAGAGGAACAGCAGCAGCCCUGACAGGGAGGUGGGGCAACAUAAACGGGUGCUGAUGUCGGGACCUUCAUGGCGUUCGGUGCCUAAGUCAAAGAGCAGCAGUGCAAUCCUGCAGGAGCUGCCCGUCCCUAGCUGGGGUGGUGGCACCAACACAGGCAUGGGGCGCAGUGAGCUGGACGAGCUGCAGGAGGAGGUGGCAAGGAGAGCCCGCCAGCAGGAGCAGCAGAAGCGUAGGGAGGCUGAGCGGGAGGCAGCCAUGGGAUUCAACCCCAAACCCAGCAAAUUUAUGGACCUGGACCAGCUCCAACACCAGGCUGUGCUCAGACCCCUGCAUGAGGCUAACGCUCAUAGCGGAUUGGCUGUAGCUGCGUGCAUGAGGAGCACUGGGGGCCCAAUCAAACGCAGGCAGGAACAGGAAAUGGAACGGGAGACAGGAAGCGCCCGCCCACAGGGGCCUCGCAGUGAACAGCCUGGCCCGGUCCAAGUACUGCUGACGCCCAAUCAGGAGGAGGAAGAGGACCAGGCAACGCCCAAACAGGACGCUGCUCUGGGCCCGGACCCGCCCCCUCUGCCCUAUCAGCCCGCUCCCCCCCCGACCCCCGCUCACCCUUAACAUCCCUCACCCUUGCAGCCCUUCCAGCCAA